AUGCCAGCGACGCGCGUGUGCACGGCGCUGGUGCUCGUGUUGCUCGCGAUAGGGGACUCGGUGCAGGCAGAGCCCAAAUCUAAGCCCGGCGACACCUGUCGCUCGUCUGGUACGCUCAAGUUCGACCCAGAGUCGUAUCCCUCGCAACGCCAGACCAACAGCAUGGAAGUCUGCAGCAAGUACCGUAAGAGCACGUGCUGCAAUGCUACACACGCGCACGCGCUUCGGCUGAAGAUUCGAGAGCCAGUGGUGGCCAAGUUCAGCCCCAAGUGCCAAGCUCUUACGGAGGAAAUGGCUUGUGCAUCGUGCCAUCCACUCAUGGGGACAGGGAAGAUGAAAAAUGUAUGCCCGAGGUUGUGUGGUAGCUGGUUCAAUGCCUGCAAGGACGAGUACUACGCGUAUGGUGGAGCCGGUACCUUAUCGCCAUGUUAUGGCAACGCGCUGGUGUGCUCACCACUCAAGGAGAUUGCUGGCUCUGGCGCCGAUUUCUGCAUCCAAAUGGGUUUCCAUGUGGGCAGCGACGACGAUGCUGAAGGUAUCGACUGCUUUGACGGAUCGGUUCCAGAACAAGUGAGCGAACCGGAACCGACUGGAUCGUGGCAAGUGCGUCUGCAGCGUCUGCUGGAAGAAGAAGCCGAAAACCCAUCGGGGCUUUUCAUCACUGGCGUCCUCCUCCUCCUCACGGUGAUGCUGAUGGGGCGCAGGAUUGUGAGGCAGUUUGGCGACCCAUUCGGUGGCGACCAACUCAGCCUCAUGGAGGUUCGCCGCUUGCAACAGGAGCGCUACGAACGCGGCGAGCAAAUGUACGAUGACGAGACCGACAGCAGCAGCGACGAAGCGUCUACACCACGGCAAGCGGUAGACCCAAUGGAUGGCGAAGCUGAAGACAGCGCUCCAGUGGCGACAUAA